UUGAAUGUUUUGAGAAGAAAAAAAAGGUUCUUGAGAUGACCCGAACUUUUUUUUAAGCGGUGCCUUCGCCGUUGAUGACGACAUAUUCCUGCGACUUGUAGUUCCUGUCAGCCCAUGAGGUUUUGUUGGUUUGAUUUUCAGCGUUUCUCACGUAAACAAGCAUCCCUGUGAGUGUGUAGGUUUCAUCCAAGUGUCGGACUUAGAGCGGUAAAUAUUCCAAAUACACGUGAGUGGGAAGGCUAGCUAGCUACGUGGCUAAGUCAAAACCAAUAACACUCGUACUAUUUCAGCUGUUGGAGGGAGUCCUUUUAGCGCUUCGACUGGAGUUUUUGCUAUGGCUGGGAGCAGGAUGCAACUGGAGCUGUCCCGCGUGGUUCAGGGAAGAAGUCGGCUGGGUGUCCUGAAGGGACUGGGCAGGACGGGGCAGCAUUCACUGGAGAUCCCGGGGUGUCUGCUGUACACACACUUUGGCACCGUUCCCCACCUCACUCAGGACACACUGCACACGCUGAUCAGUCUCCCCUCUGUCACUCAGAUCACUUUGUCCCACAUAGCUGAGCACCAGGAGGUGCUGGAGGAGUUUAAGGAUGGAUUCAGAAAAUUCGCAGGUCUUCAUGAUACUGUGCUCUACUGCUCCCUUCACGACCCUGCCACGCACAGCCCGACGGGUUACACUACCAACAAGACGGUGUCAGUGUGGGGCAGCGGUGGGCGGAUAGAACUAACGGUGGCCAAGUUCAUGGCUUUUCAGAAGACCGUACAGCCAGACUGGUACCAGAGCAUGUGCGACGGAGAGACCUGGCAGAACAGCGCUUCUCGCAAACGGGUCAGAAAGUCGGUGGAUCGGACUCUCGCUCAUUUGGACGAGUGUUUGCUGGUGCACCAAAAAUCAAAGGAAUUGGAGGGAGUGGAGGUGUUUGGUGUGGUGGAAGGAGGCGACAUCCUGGAAGAGAGAGUACGCUCUGCCAGAGAGACCGCCAAGAGGCCCGUGGCAGGAUUCUGCCUGGACGGCCUCCAGACGGGCUCCAUGGACCAAACUCUGAGGACCCAGCUCAUCACUGCUAUGAUCAAGGAGCUGCCUGAGGACAAACCCAGACUCCUGCACGGUGUGGGACGACCUGAUGAGGUGCUGGCGUGCGUCGAGGCCGGCGUGGACCUGUUUGAGAGUUUUUUCCCCUUCCUGGCGACGGAGCGAGGCUGCGCUCUCUCCUUCGGCUUUGACAUUUCCACGGACCCAGAGCGCGCAGGUAGAGCGCCCCCUGCAGUGUUGGAGUUGAACGAAGAGAAGGCGACAGCAGGGGAGAGCCAGCAGAAUGGCGAUCUUAAUCGUCAUGAUCAAACACAGAUGACACCCUUUGAGAUGAACCUCAAAGAGAAAAGGUAUCAGGACGACUUUAGGCCGCUGGUGGAGGGGUGUGGCUGUUACUGCUGUAAGAACCACCAGAGGGCGUACCUGUACCACCUGCUGGUGACCAAUGAGCUACUGGCUGGAGUUCUACUCAUGAUCCACAACACAGCCCACUAUCACGGCUUCUUCGGGGCCUUAAGAGAAGCGUUGGCCACCGAUAAACUGGAUGUACUCAAGAAACGAGUACUUGGGGAUGGAGGCCUGCAGACAGAGAGAAAAGAGUAAGAUGGAUGGAAGCCAAUAGAUGCGAGAGGGAAUGAGCUGAGGGACUAAGGGGGAGAGAUCUUCUUCAGUGGAGUGAGAUGGCCAGAGGCAAUCAUAAGUACUAUCUUGUUCUGCCAAGUCCGGUCACACGACGAACUGAACUGUCCUUGAGAAUGACACACUCCAUAUGCUGCCAUCUCUUUGCUUUAAAGAAGAAGAUGAAAGGAGAAAGGAGCACACAGAAAACUUUUUGAUGUUUGUGCCUUGGGUUUGUGUCCUAGUCUAUUGAUCUGAGCAGACGAGGCUGCGUCAGGGUUCAGCGGCUGAGGGAAGAAAAGGCGCUUAAUAUGAGGUCAGAAGGAACCUGCAUAAAACAUAUAGUGAGGAUGGAUGGUGGUGGACUAUUGAUGACGACUGAAACCUUAAUGUGGGCUGAUUGUAGGUCGGCAGAUGACUAAUGUCCUCUGAACUCAGUGACAUAGAAGCACAGACCAGAGGGAGAACCAAACGAGUGUGAUCAAUUGUUAGCGGGGAGACAUUAAUAAAUGCCACUGUUUCUCCUGUUAUAUGUGAACAGGUCAUGUGUAAAAUAUGAUUCCAGGAAGGCUUUGUUUUUGUCAUUUCAUACCUUACUGAUCAGUCCUAAUCAAACAUUUUCUAUUUGUUUACGUGCAUCAUGAAUAUUUAUAAUGUUGCAGUUGGAUACCUCCUCUCAAACGUGUGGAGAUUGACUUCUUGUCGUUUUCAACCUCACUGCCUAACCAGCGUCUAUGUUGAGAUGAUGCUUUGCAUUAAAGAGGACUCCGGCGAGCUCUGGCUAGCUGGAGUUUUAGACUGACAGCUCCCCCCAUUCGUGCUGCUGAGAGAGGAUAAAGAUCAGAUAAAGAUACGGGGCUCUGCUGCCUCCCCUGCCAUGGUGGAGGGGGCUUUUUUUUCUUCUUUUUUUGUGAAGGUGAAGGGAUGUAAUUGACUGCCAGACCAUGCACACGUCUGUUGGGGGGGGCAGACUUGCAGAGAGGAGACUGUGACAGAUUUAUGUAACAGUAAUGAGGAUUUUAUUUACAUUGUGGAUUACCUUAACUGCAUCCAGCGUUAUGAACGAGUGGGCCGAAGGAUUUGCUGUCAUCAGUUGGUGGGCAUAAAUGCAAAAGGCCCAAAGACAUAAAAGGGGCUGAAAAAAGAUGAAAAGAUGGGUGAAGGCCAAAACAAGCAAUGACCUUCAGCCUAGGUUUAUUUUGAGGUUUAAUGGGAUGGCAGCAGACAAACUAUUGAAGAGAAGGUUGUAAAGUCAAUUCCCCUGGUUAGUUGGUAAAAAUAGGAAAUGAAUUAAAUGGCUGUUGCCCUCAUUUCCCUGGAAAA